AUGGCCGAUUUAACAAUACCAACGGAUGUACCACAAAUUCCUCAAGUUGAUAUGAUUAGUGCAACAAGUAAAUUACAACUAGAAGCAGCUGAUGUUCGAAGUAACAAACCUAAUUGGAAUUCUUACUUAAGGAGUCAAAUGAUUACACAGGAAGAUUACGAUUUUAUAACUUCAUAUGAGAUGUCAAAAACUAAGCAAAGUCGUGAUGAGCUUUGGAGAGUAACAAGAUGCAAUGUGCUCAAACAAUGA